AUUUUUGUGUUAGAAUUUUUGGCAAGAAAAAAUAUUCAAAAUUUUAAUGAGUAAUAGAAAAAAUAGUAAAUUCAAUUCCUGUCACCGUCAUGACUUCCGAAUGGGAGAAAACUUACCAUCGGCUAGUCCGGGAAAAUGAAAAUGACGAGUGGAGACUGGAGCUCCUCGAGAGGCAGGUGCGCCACUUCAAAACCAAACGACAACGUAUACAGAACCAGAUCGAGCUGGAGAAAAAGGACAUGGAUGUGUGGGUGGACUUGAUGGAGCACUUGAAGCUCGAGGCAAAGCGCUACAAGCAGGAAAAAAAGCAUCAACUCACUCCCAAGAAAAAAAAACAACUGGAAAAUCUUCUAAAAAGGUUGCCUCACGACAAAUUUGCGGAAAGGGUUCGACUUAUGGAGGUGUCGGAGAAUUUGUUGUCCAUUCCGUGCCCAAAGAAGAAACGGACGAAAAAGCCCACAGAACUGCCCAAAAGUGACCCAUGCGACUCUGAUGUGCCACUGCCAAAGAAGUGUGAUCCCAACCUUCAAUCCUCGGUGGACCGAAAAAUUAAAAAGAUCAAUAACGGUAUAAAGACCCUUCGGAAAAUAAAUGAAGAAACUCUGGGGGUCAUAAGUGAUAUUCGCGCACUGAAAGCUACCAUCAAUUACUUGGAACGUGGUCAAUGCACCAAUAUGAAGAUAACACCAUACGUUGACCCCAGGACCGCAUUGAAGACGAUCAAUCCGGCACCGGAAAAGAAGGCCACCAUUGCCUUGGACCGUUUGCGCGUUACCAAGAACCGGAAGUACUAUACACGAGAAAUCCUGGACAUACGACCGCCAUUUAUCCUCGAGAACGUGCCCCAGUUGAUGCCCAAGAUGUACGACUUUCUGGAUCAAAACCGUGCUGAAACCGGAAAACGUAAACGCUAGCAUUAUUUUAUUUCUGGUGGGGAAAAUAAUUUAUUAAGCCGAGAAUUAGUCUACUUAAGCAUAGUCUAUUUAAACGUGUUCUACGAUACGCUAAUCCUGUUCAGCUCUUGUUCCAUAUUUACAAUUUACAAUAACAACUAAACUCAUUGAUCAUCGCCGGAA